CUAUUUCAGUAACUCAUUUCUCAUCAUAAACCCCAAAAUCCCUGAAGCCAGAAGCCAAAAGCCAAAACCCAAAAGCAGUUAGCAGAAGAGCGAGGGAUGGGGAAAGCGGAUAAAGAGCGACUGAAUCAAACUCUUAAUUCACACCUCAACACCAUUCAUGAGACUUUCCAGUUGUUGGAUAAGGCACCAGCUGCAUCACUGGAUAAAGUGAGCUGGGUAGAUGUUGUGAAAAUGGGUGACCAGGUCUCCAAGCAAGCUACUAUUGUUGGAAUGCUUUGGACUGGGGAAAAACCAGAAUUGAAAGCAGUUGAGGAGAACAUGGCUACAUACUUCAAUACACUGCAGGGUUUCCUGUUGCUUUCUCAUGGAAGCAGAGUGGGCGCAGGCCCUACUCUUUCUUCCUGUAUCCAUGCUUCUGUCAAGCAAGUUGUUGAUUGCAGCUUUAAGUUGAUGAUGGAAACUGUAGCUUCAUAUGGAUCUCGCAAUAAAGACUUAAAACUUGAAGUCACUCAGUUAGUUGGUCCUGUAUGGGAAGCAUGUUCUUCUCUUAAGAAGACUCCUGCCACAAAUAUCACAGCAAUUGGACGUGCAAUGACACAAGUUGCAGUUUCAGUGAAGGAUGUUCUUCGUGAGUUGAAGGAGCUCAAGCCGGCUUCCACCAGUCUGACGGAUGAGGCUUCUGAUGAUGGUGUUCCUACAGCAGCAAGCGGGGUCCAAGAUGAUGAUAAUUUGAGUCUCGACGAACUAGGCAAUGACUUAUCACCUGAAGAGAUGAAAGUUGCUCAAUCAGCAAUCAGGGUCGUGUUUGAGACAACUGUUGUCAUAAAGGAACUUAUUCGUACGAUCACUGGUAUGCUUAAGCAGGAAAAACCUGACGAUGGUGGCAGUUUUGUGGAUUCCUUGGAGAAGUUAUUAAAUCUGUGUCGAGGAAUCAGUGUACAUAUUGAUGAGCUUGGAGCAUGUCUUUAUCCCCCACAAGAAGUUAUCGCCAUAAAGGCAGCUUUGGAGGGAUUAUCCCAUAUCAUCAGUGAAAUGCUGGCUGUGGUAGAAAGCUUCAAAACCUCUUCGGCGACCUUCUCACAGGCAUGCAGUGGCUUGAGGAGUUCAAUAACACAAAUGGAAUCUGAACUAGAGAACUCCUGUACAACUGAUAUAGAAGCCAAAAUGCACAAUGUUACCGUCAGCGAUUACAGAGAGGGGGAGGUGAUGGGUGCUGAUCCAUAGUUGUUAUUGAUCAUUUAUACAUGUUCCUGUGUGCAUUAUCAUAUCCAUAGACUAUUCAUAUGUUAUUGUUAUUCCCAUCAAACAAUUGCAGUAAAAAAAGAAAAAGACAAUAACACCAAGUUGUUUUUUUUUUUUU